AUGGCUUCCACAGAGCAUCUCGCCAAUCUUACUGCUCUGGUGGUUGACAACCUUCGAGACCAGCACGACUGGACCGACGUUGAAAUUCGCCACGACGGCAGAGACCGACCACGUCCUAUCAUCACCGGUCUACCGCCAUCUCGUCUUUACAUGCACCCGGACGAGCAAAUAGAGACUCUUGAGAUCGAACAGAUGACCGGUAAACGUCCAAGCCAGGCCCCCGAGUUUGAAUGGAUUCUGCCGGUUCAUCUCAGCGAGCGAUGGACCUUGAGCUCUUUUGCUACCAUUUUUGACUCGAUUGAAGCUCUGCCACACCCAGUUAACUCGGAAGCAAGUCAUGGUACGUCUUCACGACGGGACUGGCGCGGCGUGGACCGCCAAAAGAGGCUACUACUCGCCGUGGUCCACGAUGACUCAACGGUCGCCUACUAUCUCAUUCACGAUGGCAUUGUUAAGCCAAGGCAGAAUUAG